CUCAAUCUCCAAAAGACACUCCCAACCUGACACCUGCUCACCGCAUCCAAUCACCCUCGGUUCCUUCUCUUCCUUUCAACCCAAUUUCUUUUAUCUCUCUCCUCACUGUAAGUCCUAAGUACUCCACUUUACUCUAUCUAUCACUGAACACAAGGGUGAAACUCCAACAACCUUCUAUAUUCUACUCUCCUUAUGUCCUCUUGCUUCCAAAUUGAUCUUGUCUCAAACACGAUUUUUCUUCUUCUAUUGUACCAGAAAAGAACCCACUCUCUGACUAUCCAAAAACCCAAUUCUAUCAGAAUCAAACUCGCAUGAAUCAUCUCCACAAACCCCAAUCUCCACUGACCAAAGUUCCUCUAUCACACUGACAAAGCCAAUGAUUUCUAGUCCCCUUAAGACUCGCAAACAUCAAACCCCAAAGAAAUUUGUAUCCUCAAUCCCUGGUUCUACUGAAAAGCUCACCUUGGAAGAGAGUAAUCACACCGUGUCAGUCUUUAAAUACCUUCAAAAUACUGAGGAAAUAGAAGAAAAAGAUGAUGACGUCAAGGUUUCUAGCCAAACUACGGUGGCUACAGUUGUGGGUACAAAGGACCAAGGUGGUAUUGCUGAAAAAUCGACCUCGGGUGACAUGCAUAAGAAUGCCAGUGUUGGUACUGCAGAGGAGGCAAAAAAUGUUUCAACUAAAGGCAAGUCUACGGGAAAUCCGACCAACUCAGAUAGGCCUGAUCCACAGGGGGAACAAGUGGGAAUCUGGUUCUUAGGGGGAACAUCAAUUCUGGGUUUCUAAUCAUCAAAAAGGGGGAAAUUGAUAAGAUAUGCUAUUUGUCCAAACUAUCGAGGAACCAAAUAGAGACCAGGUGCUCGAUCAGGUCCAUUGCAUGUCGUACAAUCAACUCUACAGCUGUAAACAUGCGGUACUGCAUCAUUGGCAGAACCGCAGCAGUGCAGCUGCAGUUUGCUAGAGGCCAAACAAAAGGCUGAGAUGUCCCUGUCCAUUUUCACAUGAUCCUUACAUGCUCCUCAAUAUAUAAACAACAUGUUACAGUGCUAAACCUAACACUUGCAAAUCUGAAAAAAAAAAAAAAAAAGUAUUUUUCUCAAGUGCUAGCUGCUACUGCUCUCUAAGUCUUGUCAAGAACAAAUCUGCUACAAAUUCAAGGACCAGAUUUUGAAACUGAAGAUGUCUUGUGUCCUUAGGUUUGUUGAAUCUUGGUCUUUUUGUCCUUUAAUUGUAAUCCUACUGUACUUUCAAGAAGUGUUAUUGUAGGACAGAUUGUAACUUUUGUUAUUUGAUUUUUCUUGGCUAGAGUUAGUCAAGAUUUGUAGCUUUGCAAUAGAGUUAUUGUAUAGGUCUUACAAUAGAGUUAUUGUAAGGGGUGAGGGAUUAAGAGUUUAAUUCCUAUGUUGCAAGAGUUGUAAUCUGAAGUUGCUCGAUUAGUGAAGUUGAAAUCCUACUCCAGUGGAUCAUAGUUUUUAAUCCUUGGAGAAAGGAGUUUUUCACGCAA